GCUGCAGGAAGGUGAGGCCGGGGCGGAACCGAGGCGAGGGUCGGCCAGCUCCGGGGUUAAACUGGCAAACUGGCGGGCCAGACCGCUCCACGCCUGCCGCCCUGCGAUGGGUCCGCUACGUCCGGAGGCGUCCAGAAUGCUGCUGCUCUUCCUGCUGCUGCUGCUGCUGCUGGGGUCUGGACCGGUACCCGUUGCGACAUCCAGAAGGUCACAUGUGUUCCCACGUGGGAUAAAGGAGCUGGCAGACACUGUGACUUGUGUGGGACCCCGACCUCCCAUAGUCUAUAUGCAGUAUGGCUGUUUCUGUGGCCUGGGAGGCCAUGGGCAGCCCCGGGACAGCAUCGACUGGUGCUGCUACCACCAUGACUGCUGCUAUGCUCUCGCCGAGGAGGCUGGCUGCAGCCCCAAGAUGGGCAGCUACCCCUGGAAGUGUGUCGAUAACCAGGUCCAGUGCGCGUGCACUCAACAGGGGACCCGGCACGGAGCCUCAGCGCGGGAGACAGAGGGCCCCAGCCUCGGGCCCGGGGGCAAUGAGCACAGCUCUGGCGGACCCUGAGCCCCAGGCCGAGAAGUAACUGCUCUUCCAAUCCUUCUAACGGACCUGCGGAGAACAAGUGCCAAGAACUCAUGUGUGAGUGUGACAGGAACAUCGCUUACUGCCUCGCUGAGGCUGAGUACAACCUCAAGUAUUUAUUCUACCCGCACUUCCUGUGUGAGCAGGAGUCUCCCACUUGUGACCAACCAACCUGAUGUGACAU